AUGCUGAGUGUGCGUGAGAGAGAACUUCGUAUCCUCGGGCGUCAGGAGCUUCAGCUGCGGCGUGGUCUUCUACCUGCUGACAGGAGAGACGAAGAGUCGGAGCUGCAGGAGCAGGGCAGAAGCGUUCUGGAUGAGUUAGGACUGCAGGGUGAUGAGAAGGUUCUUCAGGAGUCACAGCGGAGUGUGAGUUCGAGUGAAGCGGCUCUCUUGACCUUUCACCUGGAGUCGAUGGGCUCAGAGCUGCAGCUGCUUCAGUCCAGUGAAAAACAACUGCUGGGCCUGAUGGACGAGCUGCACCAGGAGGCCCAUUUCGCCACCAGGAAGGCGAACGACCUGGAGACGCGAUUCUGUCAGGAGUCCCACCUCAAUGCCAAGCACAGGAAGGAGCUGGAGUACCAGCUGCAGGGUAAGCUGUACGAGCUGCAGGAGAUGCAGAAGGCCCAUCAUGCACUGCAGCAGGAGCUGAGUGAACAGAACAGCGCCCACCAAAGGACGGUGCAGGAACUGCAGAGAGAGAACACCAACAGUGUGGACAAGCUGAGAGAGAUGGCCGAGCAGUUCGAGUGGCUGUGUGGUCAACAACGCAACUGGAUCUGCUGCAUCAAGAGGUUUAAGGACUGUCUAAACGAUGAGAAGGAGACCCUGGUUCUGCAGGUGAACAGGUUACAGGACGAAUUAUCAGAAUUUAAGAAGAACAAAUCUGAGAUGAUCAGUGAAAAAGACACACAGCCCACAAUGCAUUGUAUAAGGUGGGACGUGGAUGGAACGUCAGAUCUGCAGGUGGAGGAGGAUGAGUGGAGAGCAAAAUACCAGAACCUUGUUAACAGAUUCUCAUCAUGCCAGCAGUUGGAUGAUGAUGAAUACCUGAAGCCACCAUGAAGUUCGGAUGAUGAAGUCGUGCACCGUGUUCUGCUGCA